AGCGCCCGGCGGAGCUUCAAGGACGUCGGCGACGCCUUCGUGCCGCGCGGCGCCAUCUACCGGAACCCCCGAGCUUUCCACAGGUAGUACUACUGAUCACGUAGCACGUCGACGAUGCAUCGAUAGAUCGAAGUGCACGCGUCGAGGAAAUGAAACUUUUUUUAUGCAAAUUAAAGCAGCAUGUCAUCGUGCACAAGAAAUAGAGUAACUCGAUCGAUGGAUCUUGAAAUGUUGGAUGGUGAUCGACCAGGAGCUACCUGGAGAUGGAGAGGAAGUUCAAGAUCUGGGCGUACAGGGAGGGCGAGCCGCCGCUGGUGCACCUGGGCCCGGGCGCCGACAUCUACUCCAUCGAGGGGCAGUUCCUGGAGGAGAUGGAGGACCCCCGGAACCCCUUCGCCGCCCGCGACCCCGGCGAGGCCCACGCCUUCCUGCUCCCCAUCAGCGUCUGCAACCUCGUGCACUACGUCUACAGGCUCAACACCACGGCCCGCGUCGAGCCCAUGCGCCGCAUGCUCUCCGACUACAUCGACGUCGUCGCCGCCAAGUACCCCUACUGGAACAGGUCCCGCGGCGCCGACCACGUCAUCGUCUCGUGCCACGACUGGGGACCGCUGGUCUCCGAGGGCAACCGGGAGCUGUACGCCAACGCGAUCCGGGUGCUGUGCAACGCCAACACCUCGGAGGGCUUCCGCCCGCGCAAGGACGCGACGCUGCCGGAGGUGCACCUCGCCGACGGCAUCCUCCGCCGCCCCACGUUCGGGCUGCCGCCGGAGAACCGCACGACGCUCGCCUUCUUCGCCGGCGGCAUGCACGGGCACAUCCGCAAGGCGCUGCUGGGGCACUGGCUCGGCAGGCAGGACCCGGGCGGCAUGGACGUCCACGAGUACCUCCCUGCGGGGCAGGAUGACUACCACGCGCGCAUGGCCAGGGCCCGCUUCUGCCUCUGCCCCAGCGGCUUCGAGGUGGCCAGCCCGAGGGUGGUGGAGUCCGUGUUCGCCGGCUGCGUGCCCGUGAUCAUCUCCGACGGGUACCCGCCGCCGUUCGGCGACGUGCUGGACUGGGGCAAGAUGUCGGUGGCCGUGCCGCCGGCGAGGAUACCGGAGCUCAAGGCCAUCCUCGAGGGGGUCUCCGAGCGGAGGUACCGGGUGCUGCGCGCCCGGGUGCUGCAGGCGCAGCGGCACUUCGUCAUGCACCGCCCCGCGCAAAGGUUCGACGUCAUCAACAUGGUGCUGCACUCCAUCUGGCUCAGAAGGCUCAACGUUAGGCUCCCGUACUGAUCGAUGCAGGUUUCAAAGGUCAGGCGGCGGUCCAUCUGUGCCGACCCUGUUUAAUUGUACAUGUAUGUGUUCAGCUGAAUUUAGGACAGGUACUACGGUAUUGGUAGUAG